CACGUGACCGGGGGCAGCUGCGCGGCACAGGUUCGCGCAUGCGCGGUGCGCGCCGGGGGCGGGUCAGGACGCUUGGGUCCUUGGGGGAGGACCGGAGAUGGCGGCACUGCGACUGCUGUAUCGGACUGCCCGCACAGGCCCGGCGGCUCCUGUGGGCUUCCUGCGCACGCUCAGCACCACCGGCGCCAGGGACUGCUACAAGUACGUCAACGUCCAGGAGCCGGCCAUGGACAUGACCUCCAUCACUGACCGGGCCGCGCAGACCCUGCUGUGGACAGAGCUCAUCCGAGGCCUGGCCAUGACGCUGAGCUACCUUUUCCGGGAGCCGGCCACCAUCAACUACCCCUUUGAGAAGGGCCCGCUGAGCCCGCGCUUCCGUGGGGAGCAUGCACUGCGCCGCUACCCCUCGGGCGAGGAGAGGUGCAUCGCCUGCAAGCUCUGCGAGGCCGUCUGCCCAGCACAGGCAAUCACCAUCGAAGCCGAGCCCCGAGCUGACGGCAGCCGCCGCACCACCCGCUACGACAUUGACAUGACCAAAUGCAUCUACUGCGGGUUCUGCCAGGAAGCCUGCCCUGUCGAUGCCAUUGUGGAGGGCCCUAACUUCGAGUUCUCGACGGAGACGCAUGAGGAGUUGCUCUACAACAAGGAGAAGCUGCUCAACAAUGGUGACAAGUGGGAAGCGGAGAUUGCAGCCAACAUCCAGGCCGAUUACCUCUACCGGUGACGGCUGGGCACUGCCGCGUCCCCUCCCUGCUCCCCAAAUAAAGGGUCUGGGGGGGCUCUGCCACCCCUGGCGGCACUGGGGGCACUGGUCCCUUCCUAACCCGGAGCUCUGACUUCUUCCA